CUGUAUCCCAUCUAGUCAAUACCGUGGAAAUACGAAGGAAUGGCGGAGGAAUGACAGGCUGGCCAAACGAAAUGGUCCAUUGCCAAUGCGGCGCAUAUCAGCGAACGCCAGUCGUCGGUGCAGUUCAAGUCAACCAACCAAGCAAGGGAACUCAGCGAAGAGAUCCCAGUUCAUCCCAGCUGCUGACUCUAAGCACGACUGGAUUGGUCCCCCGCACAGCCUGUCAAACCUGCGGCCAAUCAUAUACCACAUCCCUGAGAAUGAGACUGAAUUGGAGAAGCAGCUUAGAACCUUGAGGCAAGAGACGGAGGACUGGAACCAUGCAUUCUGGACCAAUCAGAAUAUCACUUUCAACAAGGAGAAGGAUGCCUUCAUCCUCUCACAACUGAAGGAGAAAGGCUUGACUGAGAGAGAUGAGAAAGGAAGGAAAAGGGCUUUAAACAGUGAAGAAAUGGCAGUCUUUUACAAACAUUUCCUGGAUGAAAACUGCAUAAGACAUGCCAAUUACAAUAAGGAUUGGUACAGACGUAACUUCACAAUCACCUUGCUUAUGGGCAGAGUGGCUUUCCACAACAUCUGGAGAACGCUUGCAGAGAGAAGAGGCUGGAAGAAAGGCAGCCCUACCACAUGAUACUCAUUAAAUAUGUUAUCUUCUAUUCCCUCA